AUGCAAAUUCGUACAGUUUUGUUGUUGCCAUUGACAAAAUUUAAGUAUAAUGCAUCUUUGAUUUUGUUUUUAGAUAUUAGACGUAAGAAACUGGUAAAACCCAACUACUCCUCGUUGGAUGGAAAUAGAAAUUGCCGAAUGGAGGUGAAAAAAUUUCUUCACGUCGUUGUUAUUAUCUGGCUAAUUAACGAGGCUCAGAUGGUGUCUAGCUCUAUUUGUGUGGCUGGUCCGGUAUACUCUAAUUGUUCUUGUACUAUUGCAAAUGGAACAGUUAUGGCUGACUGUUCACAUCUUGAAUUGAAAGAAUCGCCAAAAUUUACAUCAAUUGUGCAGAUUGUGAAUCUUAGCUUCAACGAGAUGGAGCAAACUCCAGUCCCUGGAUCCCUUCCUGCUGGCCUGCAAGUUCUUGAUCUUUCCCGUAACAAAAUCAAAAUUUUUCUUAAAUCCACUUUUAGUGGGUUAUACUCUCUUCAAAUUUUGAACAUUAGUUUUAAUCUCCUGUCAGUAGACGACAUUACUUUCUACAAAGGCGUAUUCGGAGAUUUAAAAGCUUUGUGGCACUUGGAGAUGCAGAACAACUCUUGCAACUCCUCAAACACAAAUAACCUGUACCCAGGAACCGCGUUACAAGAUUUAAUUUCUCUACGAGUACUAGAAAUUGAUGGAUUACCAACAUAUAAUUUUGGUCAAGAAUUUUCAACGCUUCGGAAUUUGUCGCAAUUGAAUUUAUCCCGUGGUCAUUGCAAUUUGAGUUUAUAUGGGCUCACUGAAACAUACUUCCAAUACCUUACAAAUCUAAAAUAUCUUGUUGUAAGAAAUUGUUCAAUAACAAACAUACAUAAUAAUACAUUCUUACUUCUUCGAAAUCUCACGUACUUGGAUGUAUCGGAUAAUAAUUUGUUAACGUUUUGUGGUUUCAAGAAUGUGUCAGAUGCUCUUAUAGGAUCAUCAAUCAAGAUAUUCAAAGCAAAUCGGAUAUACUGUGCAAUUGGAAGGUCGACAUUCGCCAUCGGAAAGUUUUUUCAAUCUCUUCGCAAAACCACCUUAGAGGAAUUGUAUCUGGAUGACAAUAAGAUAGACUAUGCCGAUGAUCAAAUUGGUGGAGAUUUUCCUGUGACGCUCAGAAAGCUGUCUUUGAAUGGAAAUAGACUUUCUCUAGGACGCUACAUAUUUCUUAAUGUCUCCCAGCUUAUCGGCUUGAAGGAAUUGGAUAUAAGUUAUCAGAAUAAACAUCUUAAAGCACCAUAUCGUAACCAAUACUAUGUUUGUUAUGAUUAUCGUGUAUCUAUUAAGUGUGAUUGUAUAUAUGAUGUUGACUUAAAUUGGCUAUCACAGUCAGGCCGAAAACAACCUCGGACUUUACUACCAGUUGAAGAUAAGUGGUGCGAUCAUGUAGAAAUGAUAACUAUAUUGCCACCGUACCUGUCCUCAAUAAAUUUCGAAUAUUCUACAGUUGGAGACACCAUUCCAUUCAUGCAUUUGAAGUAUAAUAACUUAAAUAAACUUAAUCUGCGUGGAAACAGGUUAACCAAAUGGAUAGGCCCCGUGUGUAACGCCACAAGUAUGCUCUAUCUUGAUCUUUCGGAAAACCUCUGCUCCGAUGUUUCAAAAUCUUUCUUUAGAGAAUUGACAGGACUGGAAACUUUGCUUCUUGAUAGAAAUUAUUUAGUGUAUCCAAUUCGGAAUGAUCAGAACGGUGACAUAUUCCGACGUUUAACAAAUCUUCAAAAUAUAAGUAUUGCGAACAAUCAGCUAGAUGUCCUUCCUAGAAAAAUAUUCCAUGGGCUUGUCAAUUUAGAAGCUCUGAACCUAAGCACCAACGCCAUAAAUGCCGUCGAUUUUGAUAUACAGCACAUGUAUAAUCUAAGUUUCUUAGAUCUUUCAAAUAAUUUUAUAAGAUUUUUUGACGAAAACUUUACAUCGCAGAUAGAUCUGAUACCCUCGAAUUCACUUGUGAUAAGUCUAGAAAACAAUCCAUUAGAAUGUUCUUGUCGCUCAUUAUCUUUCUUGAAAUGGUUUCAGAAGAAAAAGAACUCCCAUUCCGUAACAUUUGUAAAUAAUCAGCUAUAUAACUGUUCAGAUGACAAUGGGUACCCUUUAAACUCUGGAUUUGCUCAAAUAGACGUCAUCAUACAUAAUCUUGAAGUAAAAUGUAGAAAAACUGAAUGGUAUGUGUUGGUCAUAAUAAUUAUUUUGACCACUUUCGUUUUGUUGCUUAUUUGCAUUUUCGUCAUUUAUAGACAUAAAUGGAAAAUUCGAUAUUUCGUUUAUUUGGCUAAACGAGAAAUGUUCAAAAGGGGCUACGAACGUGUGGGUGACGAAAAUAUUUUCAAGUAUGACGCCUUUGUGUCUUACGCUGAAGGAAACAGGUGUUUUGCCAUAAAAGAGGUCGUCAAACGACUUGAGGGAGAAGCAGGACUCAAAGUUUGUCUUCACGACAAGGACUUCGUUCCUGGUUCGGAUAUAUCUGAUAACAUAAUUGGCGCCAUUCGUCAUAGCAGAAAGAUUAUUUUUAUUGUAUCCUCCCAUUUCAUCAAAUCGGAUUGGUGUAUGUAUGAAUUCCAUAUGGCAAGGUACGAGGAGACAGUAGUGCGUAAACGAAACUGCACAAUAUUCAUAUUUCUUGGAGAUAUUCCUUUGGCAGAUUUGCCUUACAAAAUCGCGCAGGUACGAGAUCAAACUGUGUUUGCCGAUUUUCCACGAGAUGCCAAAGAAGAGACUAAUUUUUGGAAUGUUCUUAUCGACGCUGUCCACGAACCUUGAUUUUCAAAUGAUGUUUAUAAGAAUAUUCCGAAAGGACCUAUUUCAUUGAAAGUGGUUUUUUAAUUGAUUGUAGAACUGUACUUUGCAAUGGAUACUAAUUAACUGUCAAUAUCAUGGUGAAAUAGUACAUUUUAUAAAAAUUGUGUUUUAUUAGGUCUUUUGAUAAUGUAUUUUUUUCUUCUUCCUUUGCAGUUAG